AUGCCAAACCCCAUUCGAGAUGUUCAAACCAUCAUCGACAGCACGCACCCCUAUAUCAUUUACCAGAACGUUUCUGUUCCCUUGAGAAUCGGUGGCGUGAUUCGAUGCAAUGUGUACCUCCCACGUGGAGUGUCUGAGGGUGGAAGAUACCCUGUCAUCGCCAGCUACGGGCCUUAUGGCAAAGAUGUGCCUUACAAGGACUUCAAAAUAUCCAGCUUUCAGGACCUGAACCCAGAGUACCAGACCGAUCAUUCCUCCUGGGAGACUCCUACCCCCUCGUACUGGACGCGCCACGGAUAUGCUGUGCUCCGGGCUGAUGAACCAGGUACAGGUCAAUCACCUGGCCCGUUGAACCAACUCUCUUCCACUACCUUUGAUGCUUACGAAGAGUUGAUUGAAUGGGCUUCCCAGCAAAAGUGGUCAACUGGGAAGGUUGGCCUGUUGGGUGUGAGCUACCUCGCAUUGACUCAAUGGCAGGUUGCCGCGCGCCAACCAAAAGGCCUGGCCUGUAUGAUCCCCUGGGAAGGGUUAUCGGAUUAUUAUCGCGAUGGAGAACGUCAUGGUGGUAUUCUUUCUUCGAAUUUUCUCAAGGUCUGGUAUAACCGCCAAGUGAAAACCAACCAGUAUGGUCGCCCAGGCCGUGAGGCCAAUAAGCGUGGCCCUGAUACUGUCGACGGAGAUCUCACCGAAGCUGAAUUACUUGCCAAUGAAUGGAACGCACCCAAUGACUCUGAGCAGCCCAGGUAUAGAGACGAUGAACGCUGGGCAUCUAUCAAUUACAAUUUGGAAGACGUCAAAGUCCCAUUUCUCAGUGUUGCGAACCUGGGUGGCCUUGGUCUGCAUCUCCGCGGCAACGUUGAGGGAUUCACUCAUGCUGGGUCCAAAUUGAAGUAUUUGCGAUUCAUUGUCGGUCGACAUGAUAUUCCCUUUUAUUAUGCUGAGGCGGUCGAGCUGCAGCGGAGCUUCUUGGAUGCCUUCCUCAAGAACGAUGAUCGUGUCGGCUGGUCGACAGGCAAGGCUCCUAGAAUCGACCUUGUCCUCCGCAAGGGCGAUGUGGGUGUCAAUGAUCCCGAGGCGGAGCUCGCUUUUCCACGACGAUCUGAAAAUGAGUGGCCCAUUGCUCGUACCAGGUAUACACGCAUGUAUCUGACACCAGACAAUCAGAUGACACUUGAGUCGCCGUCUACCGAGCUGUCCAAGCUCAUUUACCGCGCUUUGGGAUCAUCGCAGUCUCCUCAACAUUUGGACUUCCUUACUCUGCCUUUUGACACAGAAACAGAGAUUACUGGCCACAUUGUUGCUCACUUGAACGUCUCUGAAAUCCUGUACACUGGCUCAUCGGGUGAAGGUGUGCCCGUCACUCGCGGCUGGCUUCGAGUUAGCAUGCGUGCCACAAAACCAGACCACCCUCGUCACCGACCCUGGUUGCCCUACCGUGAGUACUGCUCAACAGACGUUCUGCCUGUGAUUCCUGGGGAUAUUUACCCCGUUGACGUUGAAAUUUGGCCCACCAAUGUUGUUGUUGACAAGGGUGGUCGUCUUCUCCUGGAGGUGAGCUCGGGAGAUUCGAAGGACAGCGGUAUUUUUCAGCACACGCAUCCACUUGAUAGGCCCGCGUCGAAGCUUCAAGGCACGAACCACGUGCAUUUUGGCCCUCAAUACGUCAAUUACCUAACACUCCCUGUCAUUCCUAACUGA